AUGGAAAACGAAGAUCCCCCCCGUACAGAAAGCCCUAGACCGAGACGACCUCUUCCAGUUCCAGGCGCACCUCCUCCACCGCAAAGACCAAGUACACCCAUACCCGCAUCAGUUUUCUACGGCGAAGCUUCACAACAUCCACCUCCAUUACCCUUACGGACAACUGGUGUCGGCUCGAGUUCUACCACAUAUAAAUCAGCCACGACAGAAAAGCCACCUGCCUAUGAUUCCACGUCGCUCACCGAAUUUCGAGAGCCGGAACUUAUCAGAGAAGAGGGGAUUGACGACAAUGACUUCGAAGAUAUUCCACCAUUGACUCAUGAUUACGAGCAGUCAGGUUGGAGUCCCAAUUCAGACUGGUGGACGAAUAACGUCAAUAAUGGCUGGGGAGAAUCAACGAUCCAACGCGACCCAACGCCUUAUCCUGGACAGGUCAGCGUAAGCGGAGGUUGGAACAACGGAUAUGAUACGCUUGGUUGGUUGAGUGACAAUAAGUUUGGAAAUGGUGGAGUGGCUAUCGAUGGUCGAGAAGAUGCUGAAGAGUUGGCGUGGUGGAAUCCCCUUGAGAGGUCAAAACACCCCAGACCCGGAAAAGGGAUGUUACCCCCAAUAUUGGCUGAUCAGCUUCAUGACCCGGAACACGCCUUGUUUUUUGUCAGCCCAACGCCUCCGGAUAUUCAACCACCUGCACCAUCGUCGACUUCCCCUGAGCAACCACCAGCUCAAGUGGGUACUCUAAAUUCACCUUCACCUCCUCCUGUACCUUCAACAUCAUCCCUCUCGUCAUCCACGUCAUCACCAUCUGCUAAAACCAGAGUACCUCCACCGUUGGCUCAGGAAGUGCGCACGGCAGUACCUCACCCGAAUGCCUAUUACUGUCCCAAAGAAAACGGUUGGGUAAUCCUCAGUUGGCGUUCUUCCUCGGUUCUACCACCUCUCGUGAAUUCGUUCAACAGCUGCGAACAUCCUUACCCACUCCCAGAGCAAGGCAGGCGCAAACGUACGACCACCUGUGUAGGCGAUGACGAGAAUACUCUGACUGACCCAUCCAACCAAACACAUCACUUCCAUAAGUACCCUAAAGUCAUCGAUGCACUCAAACUCACACCACCUUUUCGUCAGAAUGAAUGGGAAGUGUCUGAGGUCAAGCAGAAGCGAAGAGCUGGUCAGAUAAUUACGGAGGAUCUUGACCUGGAAGCGUUGAAAACCAAGGCCGAUGAAGAGGCUGAACUAGAAGAAGGAAUGCUGCUAGACUUGUAUAUGUGCUGCCAAUGCUCCUUUUAUUGUGUUGCGUCGGACAUACAGCGUGGGGUUGUGCCGAACAAUGUAUGGAAGGAGUUUAUCGAGGAGAAACAAGGCAAUCCGGCUCUUGGUAGUAAACCAGAAAUCAGUGUCGUUCUGGGACUGGAAACUCUUCUAAUGACCAUCGAGAAUACCCUGUGGAAAUCGGAACAUAGAGCUCUGCGUGUAUCGCGAACAGGAUUUCAAAGGAAGAUAGGCUGGACCACUAACGUCCGAAACGUCUUUGAAAGCUGUGGUUUUAUUUUCGAUACUCAGGAUGGUGAACCGGUCCUACGCAGUCCCACAAUCGAUGUCUCCUCGAUGACCGGGAAACAUAACCGCGCCAAACUACUACGCGCUUGGGUCGAAAUUGGCGCUUGGGCGACACAUUUUAAGAAGUGGAACGAAAAUAAAAUAAGAGAACAUUCACCUCAUCUCCUGUGGGUCACUUUGGAGAACGCGAGGGAGAUUCACCAGCUUGCGAUUGGGGCACACCACAAUCAGAUUCCACGAGGGAACCUCAACGAAUCGCUUUUAGACCCUAUGAUGUCGCUCGAGCACUGUUUCCAAAUGUUAGGUUUAUCGGUCAUGUCUUACUCGUCAGAUCUCCUCGCCUUUGCUUAUUUCGCGCAAUGUCGUUGUGAUCCCACCCACACCAUGGAAUACUUCACCGCUUUCACCAACAUCGUGAGGAUCAUGGAGCAAAUGGCUAGCUGUCCCUCACAACUUCAAGAUGUAUUGUUGAUGGAACAGUCUCGCGGACGAUUCACAUCUGAAGACUUGCAAAAUGCCACGGAAAUACUUGGGUUCGGACCAAACGGUUCCUUACGCGUUGAAUAUGAAAACGACAUCGAGGAGGAAUUCAUUGAGAAUGCUUGGAAAGAAUGUGUAAAACGUUCAUGGACUGAUCCUAGGGGUGGAGAGUUGCAACGAAAUGCUAACGAAGCCUUACGACUGAUUGCCGAAUCCAGAGGAAGCGUUAAUCUCAAAGGCCUUUAUGAGAAGGGGAAAAAUAGCUUGAUGAUGACACCCGAUAGGGCCUACGACGUGCUGGAGGUUCCUAAGGACGUUGAUGAAUCGAUGUUGAUAACGGUGUUUACGAUGCGGUUGGAAGAGCAGCCCACUCAAAUAGAGAGGAUGCAGGAAGCCUUAAACGUUAUCGCAGAAGUCCGUAACAGCGACCGUUUAAGGGAGUUUAUAAGAACGUCGCGCGAUCCUGGUGAAGCUGCCGCUGUGAUACCUGCCGAGUGGCCUAGAGGAUUAAAUCAGCUAGGCAAUACGUGCUAUCUUAACUCUCUGCUUCAGUAUUUUUAUACCAUCAAAGACCUCCGAGAGGCAUUGAUACCCCUAGGUAAAACAAACAUGAAGGCUCUCGAAGACGAUAAGCUAUCGGACGAUGCGUUGACGAAACACCGUGUCGGUGGGCGACUAGUAACGCGGAGGGAAGUACAGAGGUCCAAGAAAUUCGUCAAUCAUCUGGCAGAAUUGUUCCGAAACCUCGAGAACAGUCAAACAGCGUCCAUUACUCCCGCUAUCGAACUGGCAAAACUUGCCUUGGUUACCUCAAAGGAUGAGGAGGACGAUGAAGGUGGUACCGACACUUCCAACGAUACAGAUGCUACACUCGUUGAGGAUGGUCCCUCAAGGUUUUCUGUUGAAACACAAUCCCCUUCCUCACCUCCUUCUGCGCAAUCUCCCACUCGCACCUCUUGCACUAUUCUAGGCAAACGGCCAAGAGAACCUACUCGUCGCGCAAGCGAGAUGGACAUUGACUCACCCUCAUCUCCAACUCCCGAACUACCCUCUACUUCCCGAGCAAGUUCAGUCCCUGUCUCUCAAGGGGAACCAUCCAAUAGCCCUACUCCCGAUGCUAGCCCUGUCGAAAGGGAUGAAUCGCAGGAUGUGGAAAUGAAGGAUGUUUCGCAAGUCAAGAAGAUGCCUCCACCACUUCCGCCGCGGAAAACACAAGUCAAGAGUGAUUCAGUCAUGAUGUUUGGGAGGCAACACGACGUCGCGGAGUGUAUGGACAAUUGCAUGUUUCAGAUUGAGACGGCUCUCUUAAAAUUCGACGACAUGACCGAGUCUCAUGAAUUUGCAGACACGAACAGCAUAGUGAAAAGGUUGUUCUAUGGUAAAUUACGGCAACGUUUCGUCGAAACAUUGAAAGGCGAGCCUAAUAUCCACGCGAAAGAAGAUCCCUUUUCACAUCUCCCUGUCAAUGUUACCGAGGAAGGUUUUGAUAUCUACGAUGGCCUUGGGAGAUAUUUUGAUGAUACGAUCGAUUACGAAGGACAACGAGUGCCCAUAGAGAUAUCGUUAUUGACGCUCCCGCCUGUUCUCCAAAUUCAAUUGCAGCGCGUUCAAUUCAACAGGGAAUUAGUCCAGUCGUGGAAGUGUCAAGCCUAUGUCAAAUUUGAGGAAACGAUAUACAUGGACCGUUUUAUGGAUAUAGCCGAUCCGGAGAAGAGGAGGAAGUCAAAAGCCCUUCAGGAUGAUCUUCACGCUUGCCGGGAGCGUAUACGUGUUCUCAACCAGGGACAGGAUAUCUCAUUUGGCACGAUUCUCGACGAUGCAAGUAAAUUACUCUCCGAGAAAGCUGACAUCAUGAAAUCUGCGGAUAUCGAUGUUGACCCAGACUUACCGCGUCUACUCGCGGAAGAGAAGGAUACACUUUCUAAAGAGAUCGAGGAGUUACGGACACGGAUAUCGCGGCAGAAAGCGGCCUUGGAGGAUAUUUGGAAAGACGACAAGAAUGUCCCGUAUGAAUUAACCUCGGUAUUCAUACAUCGUGGGACGUCACCAUCGUUUGGACAUUACUUCUUUUACUCGAGGAAUCUUCCCUCAAAACCUGACGAAUGGUUCAAGUAUAACGAUUCGGACGUCAGUAAAAUCGACAAGGAAGAAGUGCUACAGGAUACCACCGGAUCUACGGCGAACCCUUACCUGCUUGUUUUUGCACGUAGAGGAUCACAAGUGGUCGACACAGUCAAACGCUUCGAUCCAGAAAACUGGACUGAAGUUGACUAG